AACCUUGGCGGUUGGCCGUGACAUUGGCUAAUCCCGUCCCUGAGUCCGCGCCGUCCGCUCCUCUCGUGCGCGCUCGUGUGUCCUUCGAGUCGAGGGGGUUGAGGUUCAAGAAGCAGCCGGAAGACCACCGCCAGCAUGAGGACGACGUGGGUCGCGGCCGUCGUGGCCGCGCUAGUCAUCGCCAGCGUGAGCGCCGAGAAGAAGGUCGUGAGGAUAUCCAAGAGGCCGUACCAGGGCGUGUCGGGUGACGACAGCCGCUCCAGCCGGCAGCAGUUCACGCUGCUGCAGCCUGUCUACCAGCACCAGCGCGGCGUGCACGCCAACAGCUUCCUGACCAGCAACGUGGUCAAGUCCGUGCCGACGGUGUGGAUCCAGGUGCCCGCCGACCGCGUCUUCCCCACCACGUACCAGGGCUACCCCGGCCAGCCCAGCAACCCCGGCCCCAUCAUCAUCCCCGUGGAGCCGGAGAUCCCCUCGGAGGAGCAGAACAAGCCGCCGCCGCCGUCAGGUGGCUACCCUCAGCGCCCCCCAACCAACAUCCCCGACGGCCCGGAGCCCCCCCAGCAGCCGCAGCCUCUGCCCGAGCCCCUGCCGGUCCCCGAGAAGCCCGAGAACCCCCUGGCCAAGUACUGCAAGGCGGAGCGCGGCCAGUUCCCCAGCCCCAACGCCUGCAACAAGUUCAUCAACUGCUGGGACGGCGACGCGGUGGAGCAGGAGUGCCCCGGCGAGCUGCUCUUCAACCCCGACGCCAAGCCACAGGCCUACUGCGACUUCCCCCAGAACGUCAACUGCGGCGACAGGCCCGGCCCCGCCCCCACCCCCUACCCCAGCCCCCUGCCCCCCACGCUGCCCACAGAGCCCCCGACCGGCACCCCUACCCCCACCCCUGGCGAGCCUGAAGGAUGCGUCGGCUCGUACAGGGACCCCAAGAAGUGCGGCACCUUCUACGUCUGCGCCAACGGCAAGCCCUACGAGUUCCAGUGUGCUGGCGGCCUUGACUACAACACUGAGCUCGGAGUGUGCGACUGGCCCGCAAACGUAGACUGCGGGUACGCCGUGUCCUCGUCGGCCACCCCGGCGCCACCCACUGAGGAGGGCACCGACGGCGGCGACGGCGGCGACGGUGGUGACGGCGGUGACGGUGGUGAAGGCGGCAACGGCGGCAACGGUGGUGACGGCGGCAACGGCGGUGACGGCGGCAACGGAGGCAACGGCGGCAACGGCGGCAACGGCGGCAGCAGUCCUGGUGGCUACCCUGUUCCCGCGCCCGCCCCCGCACCCGCCUACCCCGCUUACCCCAAGCCGCCCCGCCCCCCAGUCGGCUACCCCCAGAGAUACUACUACGCCAUCAACCAGCCCGGCCAGUACAUUCCCUAUUGAGCGGCCGCUGCGAGGCUGCGACUGACUCGCCAUCUAUCGGCGCGCGGAGGCUCGGCCCUGCCUUUCCCCGCCCGGCAGGCCCAAGGGCAGGCCCGCAGCGCCCCCGCCGCUCCUAGAUGGACCCUGCCUCCGCCUCGUCGCCGGCACAGCGGCCCGACGCCCUCCGCGCCUUGGGCGCCAAGCGGCACCACGCCGAACGGAGGGCGCGGCCGCCGCUCGGCCGGCCUGCGACGCGGACCCGAAGCAAACUCGAUUUGCGUAUUGAUAAGCUGACAAGGUGCCAUUAGAUUUACAUUUCCCGACUCCCCCGUGUCCGCUGCCCUGCGGUAGCGGUGCCGGAGACUCGCCGCCCUCCGGGAGAGCGUCAGCGAGCUCCCCGGGGGACGGCCUGCCCGAGUCCUGCCCGGCGGCUGCAGAGGACGGCGGCGGACAUGGCGUCCGAGGAACUAUAGGGAGAGAAGCGGACUGUGCCUGUGUGCGUGUGUGACUGUGACACUGUGCGUGCGUGUGAGCCUGUGUGCGUGUGAGUGCGUAGUUCGUGCUCUACUUAAUUGUCUGUAUUGUCCAUGUGAUGCUAACGUAAUUUAUUCUGGAUUCUACUUUCUUUAUACGCUAGAGUGAGUUUAUGAGCCAAAAGAGAACUUCGUUUAUGGAGGAGAAUGCAAUUGUAGUGAAGCGAGAGCUUUUGUGGAAAUAAACUGUUUACUUUAA